CUGACUCUGAGCUUUCUGUGUCUGACCGACCGACCGACCGACGAACAUCUUCCAACAUGGACAACAUCGACAACCUGUUUCAUCCCAGCCUGGAAGACGCUCUGAUGAAGCUCGACCCAGAAGAUGGCGGGAAGAUCAUGGAGUAUUUUAAAACUCAUGCCCUCCUGUCGAGAGAGAAAGCACUCCUGCAGUCGUCACUCCGAGAUCAGAAGAAGCUGCUGGUGGAAAACGGCAAACUGAAGAAAGACAUCGAGCAGCUGAGAGGCCAGCUUCAGGACAAACAGAGGAGACGCACCGCCAAAGCUUUGUUCGCUCCGGUCCCGCCUCCUUCUACGUCUAGCCCCGCCCCCGGCACACCUGUCAAUCAAACUCCCUCUCCUGCUGGUGCCACAGCUGCGUCUCCUUCCUCCUCCUCCUCCUCUUCGUCACAUGACCGGAGAGACAGACACAGCAGGAGGAGGAGAGGAGAUAAGAAGGCUCGUCCCGACUCUCUCUGCCUCGGGGUCGAGCCCGAGGUCGAUGUGUCACGUUUGGACCUCAGGGUUGGUCGGAUCCUCAGCGUUCGGCGCCACCCGCUGUCCGAAACGCUCUCCGUCCAGGAAGUGGACCUUGGAGAAAACGCUCCGCGCAAGGUCGUCAGUAAGCUGGGAGGAAAAACAGACCUGGAGGAGCUCCAGGGCGGUCUGGCUGUGCUGCUGUGUAACGUUAAGGCCUGUAAACUGAGAGGCGUGGUCUCUCAGGCUCGCCUCAUGUGCUGCUCCGACUCCGACGACCACAUGGAGCUGCUCGCCCCGCCCGCCGGCUCCACCCCCGGAGACAGAGUCACUUUCCUCAACUUCCCCGGUGAGCCGGACAGAGAGCUGCAGGCCAAGCAGAGGGUUUGGGAGCUUCUUCAGGCCGACCUGCAGGUGGACAACAAGGGUGUAGCCAAUUAUAAAGGCUGUGGGUUCGAGGUGAAGGGGAAGGGUCUGUGCAGAGCCCCCUCCCUCACCAACUGCACCAUCAGAUAGAGGCGGCAAAGGGCC